AUGGAGCAAAGGCUGACAAAGGACAUUGGUGGAGGAGCUCAUGGUGUCCCAUCAUUAGGCUGUUGCAGCUAUAAGUGCCCCCGACCCCUAACCCAAGGAUUUGUUCCUGAACGAAGACCAGUGAGCAGGAGAGCUCCCAAUCGACCACAUGCCAUGUUUUGGAGACCCUGGGUCCAUAACAGCUCCAGGCCAAAGGGCCAAAGACUGCCAGAUGCAUUCAGCCUGUGUGAAAAUCCUCAAGCCCCACAGAAGCCUGCAGAGUACAAUCACCCUGUGAGAUUAUUCUGGCCAAAGUCCAAGUCUAUAGAUCACAUGUACCAAGAAGCAAAUGAUUUGUUGAGAAAUUUCCCAGUCCAAGCGACGAUAUCCUUCUACAAUGACUCAGAGUCAGACACAGACAAUGAAGAUGACCCCAGUGAAGAAGAACAAGAUUCUGGAUUUGAAUCUGAAUAAUCACUGGAUGCGUUUCAAAGCCGACCAUUCUAUCAGAAUACCUAGGGGUGACAUGUUGUAAAAACAUCCUAAGCAGGUCAGCUGGGUAGGACAGCCUUUCUUCAAUGAAGUCUCAUCUU